AUGAGAGGGAAAGGGUACCUGCCCCGUGGCAGCAUCUUCAUUCUCCUCUCUUCCGUCUUCUGCGUUGGCAUGUGUACAUUUGUGCUUCACGCCAAGGAGAAGGAGACUCAGCGGCGCUACGAGGGAGUCCUGAGAGACGUUGAGAGGCAAAGACAAAAGCUCCACAGGAACGCAGCAGAGAGCUCGAGCCAGACAGCCGCGCGCGGCGCAGGCAGCAGCGGCGCGACCAGUGUGUGA